AUGUUGGAGUCAUUAGUUGAAAAGCUACUGAACAAAUUCCUCGCGCCGUACGUCGAGGGGAUUGAGAGGAACCUACACUUGGGGGUAUGGUCAGGCAACAUAGUUCUAGAAAACCUGAAGCUUAAGCCGCAAAUAACAGAAAUAUUAGAUCUCUCAUUUAAGAUAAUCCAUGGCAACAUAGGAAGAAUAAAUAUACAAAUCCCAUGGAGUAAGUUGGGGAAGAGUCCCGUAUGUGUGCUUAUUAAAAAUGUACACAUAUAUAUAAAACCAAGGAGCUACAAAAAAAGCGAAAAUGUGAUCAUCGAAGAGUUGAGAAGAGCUAAAAUGCAUAGACUGGAAAUGUUGGAGGAAGAAAUUUCCCUCAUUAAACAACAGAAAAAUAAGGAAAAGUCAUUGGAAAAGUCUACACUUAUAUUUAAAUUGCUAAAUAAAAUUAUUAACAAUAUCCAUGUAGAUAUUCAGGACAUUUUAAUUCAUUUUGAAGACCCCGAGAAGAACUUUUCCAUCGGAUUUAUCCUCAAGUCGUCCUCCGUCAAGAAUUGUCUUGUGAAGGACAAGAACGCGGCGGAGGCUGCCAGUUCGGGCGCAAACGCGGGUGCAAAUGCGGGUGCGAGUGCGAGUGAGGAGUACAAGAAGUUAAAUCACAUCAUCGAGUUCAAGGGGCUGUGCAUCUACAGCAACAGUAAUAUAAGGAAGAAGCGCAGGAGGAGGAAGGGGGAAAAGGGGACAACAGCGGGGGGAGGCAGCAGAAGUGGUCGAAGUGGUCGAAGUGGUCAAAGCGGUCAAAGCGGCAGAAGCGGUCGAAAUGGCCAGACGUGCCGAAGUGCCUCUGAGGGGCCCCCCAAGCGGCAGGCCACCAGCGCCUCGUCCGAUUCGCUGACGAGGGGCGACCCCGACAAGGACGAAAGGGAAGGCCUGAAGAAUAACAGGUCAUCUCUGUCCGACGACGAAGAUGAAGCAAAUGAUGUCAGCGGCAGAGUAGACGAUAUGGACCUUUCGUCCAAGGUAAAGGACGACGCAUCCUUUAGUUACGACCAGAACGAGGACCUGACGUUCGAGUCCAAGCUAGGGAGUGCAGACGCAGAAGAAGAUCAAAAUGGUGAUAGUAAGGACAAUUACUUGAAGAGAACGCUAACCCAGAUUAGCAACUUUCUAAAAGAUGACGACAGCAAAAUUUUAAACUACUACAACUUUGAGUACCUGAUAAAGCCGUUCGACUUGGUGCUGCCAGUGGAGCAGUCCAGCAACAAAAAGGAGCUGAAGGCCAAGCUAGAAAUAGGGGAAAAGUGGGAAGGAAUUACGCUAACCAGAACGCAAAUUACAAAAAUUAUAGAAAUAAUGAAUGAAGCAAAUAAGUCCAGGAAUCAGACCAACAAACUGCUGCUAAAAUAUGCCUGCACAGUUAAGCUAGAUAUAGAAUCGUUACGAAAUGAGACCAAAAAUGAAUUUAUGAAUCUGUAUAACAAAGUUCUUGCGGAGAAGUACAACAUAUCAACCACGGAGCUGACCUCCCAGGAGAUGAACCGGUUGCAAAUUUUGUACGACGUGGUUGGGGUGCGCCAUCUAGCCAAAUGGAGAUUGCAGUGUAAAAAUACCUUGGAAAAAAUUAUUGAAGAGAAAAAUUUGAAAAAAAAAUAUCUGUACGACUCUAUAUAUAAGCAGCAGUCCUGGUGGUCCUGGGUUACGGGCAAUAAGAAGGACAUUGAAAAUAAGGUGCAGAGUAUUUUAAAUAGCGAGCAAGACAUUAUCAAUGAGAAGGAGUUAUACAUUUUGCAGGAAGCCAUGACGAACGAGGAUAAUUACGAUGUGGUCCUUCCAACCAAGUAUGAUUUUCAGUUCAAGUUGGCAAACUUUUCCAUUAACGUGUAUGACGAUUGCAGGAAGGGGAGAAGGAGACGGGUGCAGCGUCUGCGCGGGGGGUUGCCAGAGCGGGGAAGAGUUAACGCUGAUGUGGGCCCUACUGGCGGGAGCGCAACUAACGGUGGACGAACGAAGGGAACUUCCAACCCGAAGAGCACCCCCCUGGGGGAGGACGCCUCCAACAAGUGCUAUGGCAACCAUUUUGGAGACCCCCUGGGUGAGGAAAUAUCCCUCAGCGGAAGUGAAGACACCCUGCUGAAUAGCUCCCCAGGUGUGAGCUCCUCCAACAGUAACUAUAUGAAGAAGGGGACCAAUUAUCAAGAAAUUAACAUUCUGUCGAUAAAUUUUUACCAAAUAUAUUCAUCCCUAUCGUUACAGUCCGUGGUGGACCACAACGAUAAUGAUAAUUUCCAGUGGAAGUUCAUAAUCGAGCUGCAGAACUUCGUAGCAAAGCAUAAGAGUAAAGUUUUUAUGGAGUUUAGGACCAAUAAAAAUUUAUUCCCCUACAAUGUUAGCAGUACAGGGAAUAGCCUUUACCAGAAUCCAAUUUAUUACUCUUUGUUACAUAGCCAAAGUUUGUGUGCCUAUGUCGAGAUAAACCACUUAGUAACUGAAAAGGGGAACACCCUGUCUACCCUGUUAAGGUUGAAUCCGCUGGAGCUGUACGUGUCUCCCCUGCUCAUUAAGAACAUCCUGUCCUUUGCCUUUCCCCUGAUAGAUAUCGUUAAUAAGAAGCACAAGUCUGUUUUGCGGAGGGGCAAGGGGAGGGGCUCCCUUGCGGGCGACGCCGCGGGCGAGGCGCCCCUGAUGGGAGAGCCAUUGAGGGAAGUGCUCCCCGGAGAAGUGCUCACCAGUGAAGCGCCCCCCAGUGAAGAGCUCCCCAAUGAAGCGCCCCCCAGUGAAGAGCCCCCCAGAAGCGCCGCGGACACGUCGGAGGAUGACGAAGAAGACGACGAGGCGCUGCUGCACAUCAAGAAGAUGGAGCAGACGGAGUUGAUAGAGGGGCUGAAGGAGAAGGGAGAAAACGUGUACAACAGAGCAGUCCAGCAUUUGCCGGAGCUCUUCGAAUUUUACAUUCAUAUAUGUGGCCCCAUAUUGCACUUUGACAAUUUGACCAACGGCAUUGUCGAAUUGCAUUUGGGUAAUUUGAUAGCCAAAACGGAGUGCCCCUGCACCUACCACAAGUUUAACCUGAUUUUCGAAUUCAACGAAACGCAGAUAACGUGUUUGAAGGCGUCUCUGCGGGGGGGCGCGUGCAAGGGUAAGGGUGAGAAUGGCUGGGAUGCGGGGCGUACCGAGGAGGACAUGGCAAAUGGAGUGGUCCCCAUCCAAGGGGAGUCUCCAAAUGGGCAGGAGCUGGAGGAGGGCAAGACUCCCCCCGUGGAAGAACCCCAGCUGAAGGACAGCUACUGCCACCGCGUAAAGGAAAAGACCCAGGAGAGCCAGAAGUUCUACAUACUGCAGCCCAUCCCUGUAAAGGUGUACGUGGAAUACGACUUGAAAAUUCUGAAAACGAACAUCAUUUUGGAUGGCAUUUUUUUCCAAAUUAACCCAGACGCAGUGAGCAUCAUUCUGGCUGUGCCGACGUCCAUCACGAGGUAUUUAACUCGCUUUUACUCAAAAAAUAAAAAGGAAAAGGACCUUCUCAAAGGUAGAAAGAAAACUUCAGUGGAGAAGAAGGUGGUUUCUUCUUCCAAGGGGGAGGGCAAUAUCUGCCUGCAGAUACCUUCCGCGGAAGGAGCUUCCAAAGAGGGUGACCACGCCAAUGAUCAUGCCCCGAAUGAGGUAGAGUCUAAGGCCAACCUGACGGAGGCGAACCAAAUUAACAAGCCCGAGGAAGAAUCCUUUCUCUACGACAUUGACUUUUUAAUUAAAAAUUCAGCCUUCUCCAUUAAAAAUGGGAAGAAUAGGGAGGUGCUAAAAUACGAGGCAUGUGGAAUAUCAUACAAAAACUAUCUGCAGAAGAAAAAGAAAAUUGUGAAGGUUGAAAUAGAGCAGUUGUGGAUUUGUGACCCCAGCAAUAGGCAGCCAAUUUUUUUUACCCUGACGAAGAAUGUGAAUUCGAAGGAUAUUUUUCUCUUCCGGUCGUUGUCGACUUAUUUGGAGGAGAAGCACAACGCGAUGGUUAAUGGGGGCGCCGCUCAGGGGGGCGCGCUACCACCAUUAGCAGGGCCGCGAGGGGAAGUGGAGGGCUCCAAUUUGGGGUCUCCAACCGAUGGGGGUGAGACCAACGGGGAUGCGACCAAUGGGGCUACUACCAACGAUAAGCUUGUUGGCACCCUCAGGGGGGACAACACCGUGAGCAGAGAGGCCAGCAAUGAGGAGAACGGCUCGAGGGGCAUAGAUCGAUUUCAGUCGGCUCAAAGAAUAGAGGAAUUUAUGGAGAGCGGUUUUUCGAGCGAGGGGAAGGAGUGUCCCCCCAGUGAUGGGCUCGAUGCAGGUGGGCAGGUGAGGAACGGUUCGAGCGAAAGUGGCCCUAACGAGGGGGGAGCGGCGAACCAGGAUGCUAGCGGUGUUAGCGGUGUUAGCGGUGUUAGCGGUGUUAGCGGUGUUAGCGGUGUUAGCGGUGUUAGCGGUGUUAGCGGUGUUAGCGGCGAUGGCGGUGUUAGCGGCGAUGGCGGUGUUAGCGGCGAUGGCGGUGUUAGCGGCGAUGGCGACGACGACGACUUCAUGGACGCCAUCGAAGAGAAGCAGCUGUCCAUCAACCUGCAAAUCCUGCAGAAGCAAAACCAAAUCAACCGGGCCGAGACGCACGUGAAUUUGAUCAUCAGCGAUAUAGAACUGCAUUGGAAGUACAAAACGAUCAAGCAAAUAUUCAAAACGAUGAAGGAGUACAAGAAAAAGCUGCAGUACGGAAUUGAGAAGGACAUGAAGUAUAUAAAAAAUAAGUUAAAGAACGAGGAGGAGUUAAAAAAUUAUAAGAUGUUCAUUUCGGAGCACACCCUGAGGAGUGUGCAGGAGACCCUAAAUAAUGUGAAGAAUUCUUUGAACAUUUUGGACAUCGAGUCUGCCAAGAAGAACAGUGAGGCGGAGUUGGAGGGGGAGAAUGAUGAAACCGCGUGUGCAGGUGAUGGCACACAUGUAGGAAGCGCUCAGAUGGGGCGCCCGCCAGUACACCCCGGGGGGGGUAACCUCCUGGAGCCAGUGGGAAGAGAUGUUCAUCUGGAUGGCAGCAGUGUACGAAGUGGUGCUCAAAGCGGUGGCUCUCACAGCGUUGGCGCGCACAGCGGUGACGAUUCCGAGGGGGACAUCCUGAGCAACGGGCUGAAGAACGCCCUGCCGAAGCUGCACGGGCAGAAGAACUCCUACGUGAAGUACUUCUUCAACUGCUACGUCAAGAACGCCUCCCUAGCCUUCUGGCAGAAGAGGAAGAUCUUCUCCAAAAUUCAAGUGAGCAGCAUAUACUACGAAAAUAAAGUGUACUUAAAUUUUGACCAAAAAAUGUUCGUGAAUAUUGAAAAGGGCAUCAUAUCGAUGAAUAGCAAAAAUAUCAUUUCGAACAAUAUAAAUGAUUACACGUAUGAUUUGUUCAUUUCGAGGAGGAGCAGACGGUUUGGCGCAGCCGAUUUGGAGAAGGUGAAGCCCAGUGAGGAUGGCAAAGGGGAGAAUGUGAAGACCCUCUCGGAGAGACGAAACAGUAAAGACAUUUUAAACUACAUCAGUGUGGAUAACCUAUCUGAGGAAAUAAAAAAAAAAAAAAAAAAAAAAUCAAACAGGCAGAAAAGGCAGGAUUUAUUUGUUGGGAAAAUUAAGGUGUACAAGGAUAGAAGAAAUUACAACAUCUGUUUGCUUUGCGAUAUAUCUAGCAUAUACUACAUUUUUUACCUGCGCGAUUUGAAGUUAUUUCUGGAGUAUCUGGAUGAUGGCAUUUUGAAUGUCUUUAUAAGUAAGUCCUACAAGAAGGUGGUGCAGGUAGCUCAGGCGAAGUACUUUCUCUUCCACUGCACCAUCUCCGACCCUGUGGUUAUCAUCCCGGAGGAUAAAAAUAUAAUUUAUAAUUAUCGCGGGGAGGUUAAGGACGUGUCCAAGUGCUCCAAGGCGAGCAUCAACGGGGGCGGGACUGCCAGCCGCGGGGGGAACUCCAUCCCCUACAUCGAGUCGUAUUUGAAGUUCCAUUUGGGCACUGUGAAAUUUAAGAACUCGUACACGGUGAAUUACACCCAGGGGAUCGUCCAAGAGCAGCGAAGGGCGCUGCGCGAGAGGAGGAGGGGCAGACGCCGAGCAAGGCGGGGGGGAGCCGCACUCCAUGGGGGAGAAGCAAUCCAGGGGGGAGCGGCAACCCAGGGGGGAGCCACCCCGAGGACGCGUCGAAAGGGAGCCCCCUGCAGCGAUAAAGGCGGCAGCUCGACCACAGAAAAUGAGGAACUAGAAAAAAAUGAGAGGACAGCAAGCGGCGGUGGGAAGUACGAUUUUACCCUCUAUGUCGAUUUGCUAGACAUGGAAAGUCGCGCGUGUGAAAAUGGGGGAAGUACCAACAUAGAGGGGAACAUUCUACAGAAAGUGAACAUCGGAUUAUGCCUAGUCAGCAGCAAGGAGGGUGUUUUUAUAUAUUUCAGUGGGAGCGACUUUUGCCUGGAUUUGACCGUCUUUCAGUUGGCCUUUCUGCUGGACAUUAUUAAUGAGAACUUUUGCUACAAGGGGUACUUCCCCAUGUGCUUCAUUUGCGACAGGGGCGUGAACAUCGACAGCAUGUUGAACGCGGAGUGGUUCCGCAGGGGGAACAUCAACUUGGGGAACCUCGGUGUGCGCCGCGGGGGGGAGGUGAAGGAAGCGGAAGAGGGGAACGCGGCGGAAGAGGGGAAAGCGGCGGAAGAGUCUAACCAGACGAACGCUGUGAGGCCGCGAAACCCAUCCGCGAGCGAACCCGCGAGGAAGCACGGGCUGAAGCUGUACCUGUACAUAAAUCUGGAGAGCCUAAAGAUCAAAACCUCCUUUGACGGAAACACCCCAGUGGCCAUAAUAACGUUCCAAAACAUAAGCAUCUCGUUCCACCUAGUCCUCCUAGAUUUUUACUACAUCUAUUUUUUUGACCUUUAUAGCAACUCCCUCUACAUUGAUGAUGUGAGAAAGAACUCCAUCAACUACUACAAGCGGGUGGCUUACUGCUGCAUUGAGAAUGAGGCAAGCAGGGGGAAGAGGAAGAGGGGGGGCAAAUAUUCCGAGGAAAAAAUGAGGGUGAAUUUUGUGAGGGAGAAUGCAGAGGCCAAGAUAUCUCUGAUUAAGAACACGAGCAUGUCGGUGAAUAGCAACUCUUGCGUUUCGAAUCUGGACGAGGAGAACAACCUGAGCAGCAGCGCUGCGGGGGGGAGCAAUCCGGCGGUGGGAAGCAGCGCCGCUAUGGGAAGCAACCAGGUGGCGGGGGACCACUGCACUACCCCACCCGCAGCUCCGAAGGACUACAAAUCCCUUCUGCAGUACAUGUUCGAGAGCAACGUAUUUCUGAGCGAGGAAAAAAAGAAGAAAAGGCAAAAGGGCAUCAAAAUCAGAAUCAAUUCCUUUAUAGAGGAUAUCCUCCUGAGCAUAGAAUUGGAUGACGCGUACAUCUGUUGCUUUUUUAUCAUUUUCAUGGAUAUUUAUAAAUUCCUCUCCACCGGUUUUAACCUGAGCACGUUGCAUCUGUACCCGAAGCCGUCUCCCUACAUCGUUUCGGCGAAGGAGCCGGGAAGGAAGAAAAGGGGGAAGAAAGUGGCCGGGGCGCAUGACCGUUCGCAUGACCGUUCGCAGAAUGAUGUCCCCAAUGUAGGAAAGGGUAAAGAUAAUUUGAAAGAGCAUAAGAGGGAGACCCACGUGGGAGAAGCGAACAGGCAUGGCGAGAGUGCGAAAAGAUAUGCUGUGGAGAAUAUCAGGAUAGAGGAAAAUGUGUUCAAAUCGGAGGCGAAAGGUGAGACGGAGGGGGGUGGACUCCAUUCCAAGCAGGAGAGGAUUACCCCCAUUGGGGGGAAAGAAGGAGGAGGGGGAGGAGAAGCGGAGGGCCACAACCCGGGGGAUGGAGACAAAAACAUAUCGAGAGGAAGCAGCAUGAAUUCUAGUCGGUUCAAAAUUAUUAGAGAGCGCAUGGGGAGCGAGAAAAACCAAACCAUAACCAACAUAAAUGAAAUUUUAAAAUUGGACAAUAAGCCUAUUCACAUAAGCUUUAAAGUUAACAACGGGAACUUCAUUGUCUUCACAGAUUUGGAGAAUGUGGCUCACCCGAUUUUGAUGUGGUCCAAUAACUUCGUCUUUAGCUUCUCCCUCCUGAACAAGUGCAUAAUAUUUAGGAAAAUCUACGCCGUAAAUAGCAAAAUAAAGCGAAUUAACUAUGUGAGCAGUUUUUCCAGCGAUGAGAGUAGGAGGAGGAAGGAGAAUCGGGUGAGGGGUGAAUCCCCCAAAGAUGUGUCUAACCCAUUGCACAAUUACCACAAGAAGAAAAUUUUGCUGUGUGAUAAUUUAAAUGUUAAAGGGGAAGCGAUAUACGAGUCAGUCGACACGAAGAAGGAGAAUUACAUUUUGAAAGCGAACGUGAGGAAGAGGGAGUACCCGGAGUUUAUCUCCGUUUUUGAGCUUGACAUUCACAUUGGGAAUUUUGACAUACGGCUGUCGAAUGAUGACGUGGAGAUUUUGCUGAGGGCCUCGUCCACGCUGUUCGGCGACGUGCCCAGCUCGUACACCAACAUCGCCGUGGGGGCCGUGAUCCCCCCGGUGACGUUCAUCCACACGAAGAUAAAGAACAAGUUUAUGAGGAACAACAUUUACUUUGUGAUGAGGGAGGCGCGGGGGGGCCAGGUGGAAGGCGCGAGAGAAGCGAGCGGCACGAAUGAUGCGAAUGAUGCGAAUGAUGCGAAUGGUGCGAAUGAUGCGAACGGUGCGAAUGAUGCCGUGGCUGGGAGAAACGCGCGAGAUGGCGAGCAGAACCCCGCGCAGGAGCUACAAAUCACGAACAUAAAUAAGCUGAAAGGGAGGAAGAGGAGAAGGAGAGCGGUCGCGGGGGCUGACCUUACCAAUGGGGCGGAAGCUGUGAAGCAGGAGGGGGACGCCGCAGCGGAAGAGAAGCUGCCAGUGGGAAUGAACCCCCUUAAGGAGGAAAAGGGGAUGAUAGUUACAAUGAGGAAGCAGAAUAAAGGCGAGGUAGACCUAUCCGAGUCGAGCAACAACGUGAUUGAAUCAUUUUCGUAUAACGCUUUGUCGGAAAUUUCAACGGACUCCAAUUUGACGAUCCUCUCCGAUUCGUCCUCCACAGAGUCGUACACAUCGAGCAGGAUAUUCUCCAGCAAAUGCAGAUUGCAGAACGAGUGUGAGUUGAGUAGCGGAAAUGAACAGACAAACAGCUACCGAGACAUCAAAAUAAUGAUAAGGCUACACAAUGUGAAGUGCACCUUCAUCGACGAUAUUAGGAAUUCCAUCGUGCCAAUCAUCCGGACCAUCAUGAGUAUGAGCAUCUGUUUGAAUUUUUACACCGAUGAAUGUUCCUACAAUAUAAACGACUUGAAUUCUAAGGUAGAAUAUUUUAACAAUUGCAUUGGAGAUUGGGAGCCCUUUCUGGAGAAAUGCAACAUCUCGUUGGACAUCCACAAGAUACUUCCGAAUGAUGCCUAUAGUGAGGAUGACGAGUCGAGCAAAUCUCCCAUCAGCAUAAUAAAGAUAAAUAGCGUAAACGCUUUGUGGUUUAAUAUAACCCCUCAGUUAGUUAACCUCCUCUUUCUGUUCCUUCCUGUGUUUACGGAGAAGGUACUUAACGGGCUGAAGAAAAAGGAAAACAACCGAUGCAUGCCCAGCAAUACACUCGAGAAGGAAGAAAAGGAGGGGUCUUCUCAUUUGUCCCUUUUUAAUAACAAUUGUGAUAGCGUUUCCGCUGAGCUGGAUGAGAAAAAUUUUGGGAUUAAAAGCAAGAGCAUUUAUGAAGAUUGCUCGUCCGUUUUUGAAUCAGUUCCUGGUGAUAUGGAUGCCGGCAAGGAGACGGAUUUCCAUUUGGAUGACUUCCUCAAGAAGGAGGAAAAUCGCAACAGUUACGAUUGCAUGAGGGAUAACUCCGUUGUUUAUUACGUCAACUUGACGAGCGAUUUUUUCUACGCCUUCGUGAUGCCAGAGAGUACUCUGGAAGAGGCGAAGAAGAGGCGCCCCUGUGCAGCUGCCAGGGGGGGGUUUCCCACGGGUGUGGUGAAGCGGGAGAAACGGGAGAAGCAGGAGCAGGAGCAGGGGCAGCAGCCGGGGCAGCAGCAGAAAAAGGGAGGAACGACCCCCGGCUGGGCAUCCCCCCAGAUGGCGUCUCACACCCCGAUGGGCAGUGCCAACGGGCGUCAUAGAGCUAAAACGGAUAAUGCUCACAGGGAAGGAAGCGACGAUGACGGUUCCGCGUCCGAUUGGGCAGCGGAGAAAGCGGAGAAAGAGGAGAAGUGUGCCCCCGAGCUGUAUGCCAAAAUUGUAACCACGAACGAGUUGGUCUCCCUAGAUCGACUGCUCGUCAACGAGAUUGCCAACAACUCCUUGAUAGAGAAGAAGUGCCUGUACCUGUACCUCAUCCCAAUUCCCCCCACAAAUGUGGUGAACAUUAUACAUGAUAUGUUUGCCGAGGUGAGCAGGAGGGACAUCGUGCUGGAUUUGAUGAUAACGAAGAAUCCGAAGAAGACCAUCGAGAAUUUGCUGGCCUACAGCCAGGGGCGGGGGCGCGCAAAGGAGGCCACCAAAGGGGGGGCAAGCGAUCCCACCGUAGGUGUUAACGCCACCCCCAGUUUUAUUGCAAAUUUCCACCCGAAUUCCAGCUGCAAAGGGGCGACGUCCCAGGGGGGGGAGGAAAGCGGCUACGACAACAACAAGUAUAACGCAAGCACCGUUACGGAUGAAAGGGGGAUGACGGAAAAAACGAUCGAGGGCACCGACAUCGGGGUGGACGAAAUGGAGCACUUGGGGGGGGAGGAGGCCUCGGCGCAUUUGAGGAGUGACGAUUUGUUCGCCUCGAAUGAUGAUUUGUCUGCGCAGGGGGAGCUACCGGAGGAACUGCAGGAGGGGGAACUCCUUGACGAUGAAGAGGGCACUUCCAAAGGGGGCAGUGAAGACGAGGUGGAGGAGACAUACUCGGUGGAAAGCAGAAGUAGCCCCAGCGAAAGCCACUACUUCAAGUACAGCCAAAGGAGGAGAGAGAUGGGGAACUCCAUUUUCGCCUCGAACAAAUUCGUGGGGCCCUUUCUGAAGAACUGUGAGUGUGUUAUUAUAAAUUUGAUCAAGAACAGCUGCACCACGCUGACCACAUCGCUGAAGAGCAGCAGCGUGAUUCACAUGAUGAAUCCGCGCGACUAUAUUUUUGAUGAGGCGUAUGGCGGCGGAGAGGACGCCUCGGCGGGGAAGAGGCAGUGCGGGGGUAAGCCACACGGGGGGAAGCGGCACGCCGAUAAGCUACUCGUAGAUAAGCUGCACGCGGGUAAGAUGCACACCGAUAAGCUGCACGCGGGUAAGAUGCACACCGAUAAGCUGCACGCAGAUAAGCUACUCGUAGAUAACCUACUCGCAGAUGAGCAGGGCAAGUGGGAAAGGCUGAAUGCCGAGAUGGAGAGGCAGACGAACCUGGCCUGCAAGUACCGGCUGAAGAACAAUUACCUUCCGCAAACCUCCCUCGCGGAGACAGUGUGCGAAAUUAUAUCGCCCAUGCCGAAUUACAAAAUAUUGUUCAUGUCCUCGACGGUUCGAAUUGUAAACAAGUGUGGCAUUCCCCUGGAGUUUUGUUUCUUCGAUGGAACGAGGAACCCCAUCUUGCUGACGUCUCUGGAGAAUAGGACCAUACCGAUUAGCACGCUGUACCCUAAUCAUAGUGACUCGUUUAAAAAUUAUAAAGUGUCAAACAGUUUGAAUGUAAAUCCGAAUAUAAAGUUGCGUCAGAAGAAUAACAACUUGAGUUUCACGGUCAUUUUGAAUCAUGAGUAUUUGCUGUCCACCCCCGAGUGUGCGUUUUGUGGCCCCUCACAUGUCUACCUGUCCUUCAAGCCGAUAAAUCUGGUAAGCGAGGAGAACGCGUAUUACGAGGUGGUCAGUUCGAGGGGCAAAGGAGAGGUUCCCAGGGGGAGAGGCCUCAAAGAAGAAGGUACCUCUGUUGGCGGCAUACCAAAUUUUAGUAGAAAUAACCAGUUGGAUUGUUCCAAAGCGGAAGGGUCUACUUCCCCGGGGGGGGAGACAUACACACCAGAUGGGUCACCUCCCAAGAAUGGCGCAAACGAGCUGAUGGACACCUCCUCCAUCAGCAGCGAAAAGGGAUGGUCCGACAUUUUCAGCUCAGAUAUUAACCAAGGGACGUAUGUGAAGAAGUGCAAAAUUAAGGACAGCAAUAGUUACCUCUACUUCUUGGUAAAAAUUGAGAAUAAGAUAAGUGCCCUACCUGCAGAGAAAAAUAUGAAGAUCAUCACGAUAUAUCCCCAUGUGAGUGUAGUGAACGCCAUUCCUGCGCUGGUGGAUAUCAUAAUAACUUCGGAAAUUUCGGAGGAGAAACAGAACGAUUACGUGUAUGAGGAGAAGGGGAAGAUUGACCUUUUAAAAAACAAAAAGGUGAAGUUGUUGAGGCAGUGCGAGGAGAUCAAUGCGUACCUGGGUAAGCUCGCGUCGGUUAAGCAGGUCAGUUGUGGGGGUAGUUCCGUAGGCGGCACAACUGCUUCGGCUUCUGGUGGGCCCAUCGCUGCUGGUGGCGGCCAGGCAAAUGACCAUGUGUGGGGGAAGGGCGCGCAGAACAACGAGCGGGUGUACGUGCACGAGUUGAAGCGGCUGGAAAAGGAAAUAAGCAACAUCGAUGAGGAGAUAAAAAUGAAGAAAAAGGAGCUCUCCUCCUGCACGUCGAACAAAGCCUACGUGAACAAGCGGUUGAACCCCUUUUCAAUCUUUUACAUAUAUGAAAUAAAGAAGUAUAGCUGCCUCAAUAUGAAGAUGAAAAUUGGAAACUCGCAAUGUGAGUGGUCCGACAAGUUAUUCCUGCUGGAGGAUGACGAAGAGUCGGUUAUGAGAUUUUCCCUAAAUUUUAAACGCUUCGCUUCGGUAGAGGUGGAGUUAAUAAAAAACUUCAGUGGCUAUUUCACCUCGUUGAGUAGCAUCCUGGGGAAUAAGCAGCUGUACAUUUUUUCGCUCCCCAGAUGUUUUAUUGACAGAACGGGUCUGGGCAUCAAGGCUAUUAACUCUAAUAAGUACUACCCCAUCAUUAACGGGAUAACACUGUUAGGGGAUAAUUCACAAAUCGAUUUGCUGCUACCCCAUAAGACGUACCACAAUGAGUUUCUACGGUCUUGUCGAAAUGGGGGCAGAAGUUACGAAGUGGGGGGGGAAGACACUUUUAUCGAUUACAGCGACAUUUUCAACGAUUUUAAUUACCCCUGUCCGAAUGAUAACUCGCUGAUAUUGUUCAAGGCGACUUUACCCCCUAUUGGUAGCUACACGGAGACGAGUGUGGCGUGUAAGAAUUUUUUUUACACCUUUUGCCUGAACACGGAAAAGAUUAAGACGACGAAUAUACCCUAUAUCAUUAGUCGGAUAAUCACUGUGGUGCCUCAGUUUAUCAUUAGCAAUAAGUUGAACCACCCCAUCCUGGUGAAGCAGUUUCAGACGGACAAGAUCCAGGGGGUUCGGCAGAAUGACACCUCUCCGCUGUACUUCCCGAAGAAGCAGGGCCUUCUGCUCUUCCGGUUUAAGGCGCUGGAGGGGGGUAGCGGUGUUGGCGGUGUUAGCGGCGGUUGCGGUGUUAGCGAUGUUAGCGUCGUUGGCGAUGAUGAGCGUGCCAGUCGGAAGAGGGAGGACCAGGCGCCCCCCCCCUGCAAGCAGUACAAGGUAAGCAAGAACCCGUUUUGGUCGUCCGUCAUCUUCCCGAGCGAAAACUUCGUGGGAACCAACUACAUGGUCGUCAGCAACAGUUGUGUGAAGGAGGAAAAAUCGGAUGUGUACGUAAUUACCUGUAUCCCUGACAUGGGCACGAAAAAUAUAAUCAUAGAAAGGCUCAACAACAAUAUGAAGAGAGGCUUUAUUGCCUACAACUGUUCCAGCCUGGCAAGGUACUUUAAAAUAAGAACCUUCCACGAUGAUACUAAGCACCUCAAAAUGGAUGAAGAAGAAAAUUAUAAAUUUGAAAAAAAUAUCUUUUUAAAAAACUUCCUAAGUACAGCUGACAUGGAGCAUUAUUUUAACAUCGAGUAUGACCAGUAUAGUUACCUCGGCUGGGUUAACCCCUUCAUAUAUGUUACGCGAAAUGUGCAGAUUGAAAUUGUUCUGCAUGACAUGAAGACCAUCCCAAGGACUCCCUUCAUAUUGAAAUUCGCUCAGUAUAAUUACGCACAGAAGCUAUUUCAGGUGUAUUAUUAUGAUGUGAUUUUUAGCGUCUCGAUAGAGUAUAUUCAAGACUUAAUAACGAUUAGGUUGUCUCACCGGAUUGACAUCUCUCGGGGGGUAUCCCAGGUUGGGGGGGGAGCUUCCGGCACCACCUCGUACGCUUAUGACUCGCGCGAGGGUGGAAGAGCUUCCAAAAAUUCGCUGGACAUGCAGGAGUACCACAAGAUAGAACCCGCUGAGGGGGGGUACGCGUUGAGGGACAGGAGUGGCCACGAAGUGGUCGUCGCGAGGAGCGCCAAGGGGGGCGGCGGCUAUGUGCAGAAGAGGAUGAUGAUAGGUCACAGCGAGUAUAACUAUGUAAAAUGCGGAGCGGAGCAGGACUGGGGGGGAGAAGCCGAUGGGGGAGGAAGCGGCGGGAGCGGCUGCGUAAACGGGGGGAGCGGUCAUGGGCGCGGCUAUGGCAACUACUACUACGGCGCGGGCCGGCGGGAGGAAGCCGUGAAGAUGAUCAGCAACACGUACAGAAACGUGCACGUAAUUAUCAACGUGACCCAAAUAGGGGUGAGCAUCAUUUCGAAUAUCCUGAAGGAGGAGGUGUUCUUCAUCGAGCUGUCGAAGCUGUGCGCCCUCUUUUAUAUGAAGAACGAGGAAGAAGUUAUUGACAUCAAAAUUACGGACGUGCAGGUGGACUGUCAGCUCGAGUCCUGUGAGAAAUGUGUGCUGUUGGCGAACCGCGGCAUAAGCACGAACAAUGGGAAAGGCGGUGGGGUAGCAGGCACAUCAGGAGGGGCUUCUACAGGGAACAGCGAAAACGAAUUGAAGAGGAUUAAAAAUGCGUAUGGCCACCACCCCCAGGCAAGUCGUGCCGCUGGGGUCAGCGGUGGGGGAGUGGCUACCAAGGGCAGUUACGUGAGCGAGAUGGACGAGCUGUACGGCAGCAGCGGUGUCAGGGGUGUCAGGGGUGUCAGCGGUGUUAGCGGCAUCGGCGGCAUCGGCGGCAUCGGCAGCAGCGACCUAAUCGGUAGGAGACCUGCUGAGGGCGGGCCCGGAAUCAUGGGCAAAGGCAUGAACACAAAUGAUGAGAAAAUUUUCCUAAACAUUUAUGUGGAGAGGUCCUUCAUAUCUCAUAAGGACGUGAUUUUCAAGAAGAUACAGGUUUCCCUGGACGACGUGGAAAUCGAAAUGGACGCGGAAACGUUAAAUGGAAUUAACCUGCUCAUAGCAGAGUACAUCGAAGGGAUAAGCGUCGUGCAGAAGAAGAACCUGCUCUAUGAGGAGAUCCAAAAGUGGACCAUUUUACCCGUCUACGUGAAUUACAAAUCGCCAGACAUCCCACUAGCCAUAAAUAUACAGUACAUGCAGAUAGACAAAUUUACGCUGAUUGUAUGGUGCUCCUUUUUACUAGACAAAAUGCACAUGAUGAGUGAUUUGCUCAGAAUCGGUUUGCGAAUAUUGAUGGUGUCUGGCAAGCUAGAAUUGCUAGGAGCUCCUGUCACCCUCAAUCAGGAAAUCUUUAACAACAUCCGUGUUAGCUUAAAGUCGUUUUAUGCCUUGUUGAAGGAUAAGUACAGCCAUUCUAUUUUGGCCUGUCUAGGGUUCAUCGUGGGGUAUAGCAGCCUGAUUAACAUACCGAAGAUUCCCCUCGAAAUUGGAAGGAAUACCAUAGGGCUAGCCGUUUACGCCGUGGAUAAUGUAAGUGUGGGCAUUGGGAGCUUCCUCUCCAAUUUGACCUUCGAUGCAGAAUACAUCAACAGGAGACAGAAGGAGAGGAACUUUAAAACAAACACGAAUAUGAAAGAGGGGCUCCUAAGUGCUGUAAAGAACAUUGGCGAGGGCGUCCUAAGCCUCUCCAACAUUGUUACGAAGCCAAUUGAGGGUGCCCAGAAGGAAGGUGUUGGUGGGUUUUUCAAAGGGAUAGGUAAAGGGGUAGCUGGGUCGUUGGUCAAGCCGCUAGAUAAAGUGGGCCAAGCCGUAUCAGAUGUUACGAGAGGCAUAAAAGCAGAGGUGUCCAAACCGAUUGGAGGACAUAAGUACAAAAUAAAGAGACAUAGAAAGCCAAGAAUGUUAUGGGGAGAAUAUGGGAAGAUAAAAGAGUACAAUCUGCAUGAAGCGGAAUUGAGGGAAUGUCUAGGGUUGAAAUUUUCAAAAAAUAUUAUGAAAUGUUUGACGAUACAUAAACAGGAGAAUCACCCCCCUGCCCAUUAUUCUUUGCUGCUCUAUCCGAAGGUUAUUAUUUAUGCCAAUUUGUAUGCCAGCAUGUUUGUUGGUGGUAAGAAUGGCGAAUUUCUGGGGGAGAAGAAAAGCGUCGGGGGGGGUGAUAUCGUCAUUUGGUCGCUCAGGAUUGAGGACAUCUCCGAGAUAAGGGCCUCCAGCCACGGGGUGAUAAUCCGCACGGGGAACUCCAGCAACCUCGUGUACAAAAUCCCCUGCAACAACGCGCUUUUGAUAAACAAGAUUUACCGCGAGCUGCACAGCUCCAGGAGCUCCAUCAACUCGACCCUCAUCCUGGGCGACGCGCCCUCCUCGCCGCGCGUUUAG